AUCCCCUGUUAGACCGCGGGCCGAGGUGCAUUUUCUUUUCAUCUCGUGCCUCAAAUUUGUAUCUAGCUGUAUUUUGGUCAACAUGUUUAAAAAUAUUUAUUACAGUCACAUCUGAAACUCGUCAGUAACAAAACUUGCACAUUUUCUGAAAAUAUCAAAAAACAAAAAACAAAUUUGAGACAAUUUUUCACUUUCUACGGUAAGAAUGACCAAUCACAAUACGUUGCUGAUAGCAUGAUGUGUGGAGUGACUGGCUUUUGGCCAAUCAUAUUCUUUGUUUUAUGCGCACGCCUAUGCGACUUUUACUGUGCACUGCGACUUUCACUGUGUACUAUGGCGACUUCUGAGUCGUUUGAUGCCAGUGAGACGGACAAUUCUGAGGCUGGUGAAUCCGCUUUCUGUUCCAUACAUGUCAUCGAUACUCAGAGCAAGAUUAUACCAUUUAGUGAUAAAAGCUAUCAAAAGUGUAAGGAGUGUGCAGCUAAGUGGGUAAUCGUGGAAGAGAGUUUAGAAAGUGAAGUUGCAGAGAAGUUGCAAGAACACGUACACGAAAGUGAAGGUGUGGGACAAGUCGGUCUUCAGUCAUCGACAACAAGCAGGGAGCACCAUACUCGGCUUCGAGGAUAUCAUGCUGAAUGUUACCGACACUUUUGCAACGUAACGACAAUCAGUAGAGCAUUGACAAGACUUCAGAAGAAGAGAGAUGCUGAGAAGACAUCUACAGAAGAUCCAGAGGAAGUGUCAGCAAGUGAGGAUGCCCCUGCACCCAAGAGACUGCUGCGGUCGAGAGUAUCCCAUGAAAAUCAACCCUCUACCAGCCAUGACUUUGAUAAGCCGCAUGUAUUGCCAGUCCAUUGCAUUAUCUGCAAAGGAGCUAAGUAUAUCCGCGAACAGUCUUCUGGUAAACGGAAGGUAGAAAAAUUAAUUCUUUGUGAAAGAAAAGAUGGGGGGCAUCUGUUAGAGGCCGCUUUAUUAAAGCAAGAUGAACAAUUGCUUUUACACAUACGUGGGAAAGAUCUUGUUGCAAUAGAAGUAAGGUACCAUAAAUCGUGCUAUUACAGGUAUACAAAAGUUGUGAAGAGAUGUAAUACUUAUAAACAGGAUACUCAGCAAACAGUAAUAUAUGAUAAGUCAUACUCUAGUUUCUGCAAAAAGGUAAUUGAGGAAAGGAUAAUGAAAAAUAAGGAGAUCCUUAGGCUGACUAAGCUGAACCAACUCUUCAUCAAGGAAGUCAGGGGAGUUGAAGGAUUAGAUGCCUCCUCCUUCAAAACCUACCGAUUGAAAGCACGAUUGAAAUCCUCACACCCUGCUCUUUGUUUUGUCAGGCCUUCUAGGAAGGUGGAGAGCGACAUUGUAUUUGUUGAAAAUCUGUCUGUUGAGGAGGUAGUAGAGGAUGCAGUUGGAGAAAUGACAAGUGAAGAAAGCGAGUGCAAUGAAGCUGUGAGUGAUGACCCUUCACAUGCAGUUCCAUCCAGAGCUUAUCACCUGAGGGAUAUGUUCCAUGCUGCCCAGGUUGUUAAAGACAGCAUCGUCAAUGCACCUAACCCAAUAGAGUGGCCCCCCACAGCUGAUGACUCAACCCUGGACACAGUCGACAAAAUUGUGCCUUCUGCACUCUUUAAUUUUCUUGCAUGGUCAACUGGGGCAAGUUCUGACCCAAGAGACUCCGGAAAGGUUGAAGUGCCUGAUGAGCUCCAUCCCCGCCUUCUUUCAGUUGCCCAGGAUAUUAUGUUCUUGAGAGCAAAAGGAAGGAUCCUUCUUCCCAAGCAUUCAUCCCUCUCAAUGGCAGUUCGUCACUUAACUGGUUCUGCGAAGCUAAUUGGGCUGCUGAAUGGAUUUGGCCAUUGCUCUUCUAAUUCCUUUGCGUUAGAACAUGAUACUGCAUUGGCAAAGAGGCAGAUUGAACGAGGCAUCGGUGCACUUCCAGCUGGAUCAAACAUCACUUUCACCACCCUGGUGUGGGAUAAUAACGAUUUUGGCGAAGAAACGACUAGUGGGAAAGGAACCACACAUAAUACAAAUGGUAUCCUGAUACAGUACGAUCCAUCUGCAACAUCAGAACCAACCUCAGAAGCAAAACCUGUUGUCUCACUUCUCCAUUGCAGUAAAAUAUACAUGCACAUGUAUAUUUUGAUGACAAGAGUUUGUAGCAUUGUAACAUCAAUACGCCAAUACCUAUAUGAUGGUUAUCCUUCCAUGCAAAAACAGGGUAAAGAUAUGAAUAUACCAAUUUCUGUUCAAACACAGUUGUUUGGGACAACUAAGGUCACACUUGUAUGAUGUUGUAUUUUACUGUUCAUGUGAUUUAUAUGAAAACUUUAGAGAUUGAUGAGGCUUAACAAUUUAUAACCACUUUGAAUAUAUAGUCAUUUACAGUAUUUGUGAGGUAAAUGUAUAUACUUCCAGCAAAAUGUUUUUGAUGCCCAAGUCUAGUAGUGGUUUAUUGACUGCACUGCACAUUCAAUUGUUUAUGGUACAUAGUCAUUUAGACAAACAUAACAUGAAUCCAUUGUUACCAUGUUUCACUCAGGUGUACAUGUACAUGUAAAUGGGUACCCAUCUAACCAGAGCAGUACAUAUUUUGUUGCUAGGUAUUACUACAUGCAGGUAAAGAGAAGUGUCAUAAAGCAUAACAAGUGCUCUAUAAACAGGAACCAAUAUUUUAUUUUGAAAAUUCCUGAUACAUGUUGAGUAAUGGUCAUUCCCUUUGUCAUUCUGGAAAGUAUUUGUUCUUCAUGUAUUUUUUUUUCAUCAUGACUUGACACUGAAAGUUGUUUCUCAAUAUGUUAAUGUAAGGGAAGAAAAUACUUGUAGAUGUCGGGAGAUAAAUGUGUUUUUUGCCUCUAUUCACUGCUAAAUAAAUACAUUGUACCAUUGUAGGUAUAGAUUUGAACUGGACAUGUAAGUAUUUUGUUCCAUUGUGAAAAAAUAUUCUGAUUGUGCACUAUCGGAGGAUUGAGAUUAAGUAGUUCACAAUUUUGUAAAUACCAUGAUUAGUAAUUGAAAUGUAUUCACGUUUAAGUUUAUGUUUUAUGCUGUACAAAUGUGGGUAUCUGGCAAUUCUUGUUUUUGUCAUCAACGUAAUGGAGGGAAAAUAUUGUUAAAAAUAUAAUUAAAUCAUCAAAUCAUCAAAGGCAAGUAGCAAGGAAGUUGAUUUAUGUCUGGUUUCCAUGCCUUGUAUGAAUCAAUGAUGGAUUUUCUCCCUCUAACAGUACACAAUGAUAUUGAACAUUUGAAAGUCAUUGUAUGAAUUAAUUCUCUGUAUUGCUAGUACAGUAGACUUAUACUUGUUCAAAAUCUGUUGGGGCAGUUUAAUAGAUUUGGUAUUAAGGAAUGAGUUUGAUCAUUGUUAUGAAAAAAACAAAAACAAAACUGCCUGGAAAUUUCCUUUAAGAGCCAGAAAAGUGUACCUCAUCAUGAAUACAAUUUAUUUUUCUUACAAUGAAUCUACUUCAUACUAUGCAUUACGUCUACUGCCCCCCCCCCCCCCCCCCCAUUGUCAAAACUUCCUGUGAUUUUGCAAUGUAUUUGAGAUACAUGUAGUUAAAAGAUGAUUAAAAAUAUUGAUUGAAUAUGGAAA